AACAAUUUACUAACCUUUGUUUUUUCGUUCAUUUAUAACUUCUAUUAUGUUACUUUAUUCCCCUUGUUCAUUUAUUAAUAUUUAGAAUCCAAUGAUGUGAAUUUAAUCUCUUUUACCUGUGUAUUUUUUUUCCCAUAGGUUUUGGCAGCAAAUAAUUUGUCACGGUGCCUUCCAACUCCAUUCAAUAUGCUAAGAAAAUUAAGCAUCCAAGUAGAUUUGAAAUCUCAAAGGCAGGCCUACGUUGUCAGCGUCCUACUCAAAAGAUGUCCUUACUUGCAGGAAUUGAUUGUCAAGCUCGAUGGCAUGGAUACACAUUAUCUGGAAGAACCCUAUCCUGAAUAUUCGGAUGUUGAUGAGCCCUUUUGCUGUCUCGACGCAUGCUUGGAGGAAGUAUGGUUGAGUAAUUUCAUGGGUUUUGAUUACGAGAUGGAGUUUGCAAAAUUUAUCAUGGCAAAUGCUCGAGUGCUCAAGAGAAUAACUAUUGUAGGGGAUGACCUUUGUGACGAUCUCAAAGCUGCCUUAGAAUCAAUGCAAAAGGCUUCUUCAUAUGCAUGUUAUGACUUCGGUUCAAAUGGGCGGGCUGAAGCAAAAGCAAUUUCAGAAGGGCUUUCUAGUUGCAAGCAGAUGGGAUUCACCAAGGUGGAUUUGUUCAAAGAUGGUGGUUCUGUGGUUGAGCAUAUGAACGAAGUCAGCAAUAUAUUGAACCAGAUCUCCGCCAUGAAGAUGGUCCUGGACGAUGAACUACACGCCUUACUAUUGCUUAGCUCCUUGCCUGAUAGUUAG